CGUUUUUUCAGUUGAGACGCUUUGGUUGCUAUGAUACGGAAUAUCCGCUAAACUGUUACUUGUAUCUGAUUUGGUAGAUAAUUUGUUUCUGACUAAAAUGUUGACACAAUGUAGAGUACUUGCUCUGGUCCUUGCUUUGGAUGGAGGGGUGGUUGAACCACGUAGAAAGAAAGGACGGACCCGCCGGUCUGUGUGGGUUCAUGAGAUUUUGGGCGCGCGAAAACAGCUCGGUGAGUAUCAUCGUUUGGUCCAAGAACUGAAGUUGGACGGAAGCCGGUUCAAGGAGUACUUUCGGAUGAGCAGGGCACAAUUUGAAGUGUUGCUUCAGAAAAUCGGACCUUCUAUUACAAGGCGAGACACAAAUUACCGGGAAGCCAUCAGCUCGGAAGAACGUCUCUCCAUUUGUCUGAGGUAUCUAUCAACAGGAGACUCAUUCCGAUCAAUAGCUUUCAGCUACAGGGUGGGUUACUGCACAGUGGCAAGAAUUGUAAAAGAUGUGUGUGAGGCAAUAUGGUCUGGCAUGGUCCAGGAAUACAUGCCUUUCCCUGAACAACACCACUGGAAGAAGAUCGCUGAAGACUUCCAUAGGCUAUGGAACUUCCCCAACUGCCUGGGAGCAAUUGAUGGGAAGCAUGUUGCAAUACAGGCCCCAUCAUCAACAGGGUCCAUGUAUUACAAUUACAAAGGGAGCUUCUCCAUCGUCCUCCUAGCAGUAGUUGAUGCCAGGUACCUUUUCCGGAUGGUGGAUGUGGGGGCAUAUGGGAAAAGCAGUGAUGGUGGGUCCCUCUGUGCCUCUGACUUUGGUAAGGCCCUCCACCAGGGGACCCUUGACCUGCCAGAGGAUGCACCUUUACCAGGAGCAGAAGACCUCCAACCUGUGCCACAUGUAUUUGUGGGUGAUGAGGCUUUUCCUCUGAAGAAGAACCUUCUCCGACCCUAUCCAGGAAAACACCUUGACAGGGAGAAGCGUGUGUUCAAUUACCGUCUUUCCCGUGCAAGGAGGAUGGUGGAGUGCACAUUUGGGAUCCUUGCUGCUCAAUGGAGACUCUACCACAGAGUGCUUGGUGUUUCACCAAAAGUUGCUGAUGCAGUGGUGAAGGCCACUUGCAUCCUUCACAAUUUCCUUCGCUUUGAGGAUGCUGGUGAAGAGGAAGGAAGUUGUGUCCCCCUGCCAUUAGAGCAGCAGCUUGCUAUGCAGCCCAUCCAGCGAGUAGGCAGCAACAACGCCUCUAGGGAAGCACUAGAAAUUAGACAGAGGUACACCACCUACUUCUCUUCUCCUGCAGGUGAAGUUGCAAAGACAACCUUUAGCAUGAAUAUCAGGACCACUACCAUCAGUAACAUCAACAUCAGGACCACCACCAGUAGUAUCAAGAAAGGCUCUUUUAAGAGCCACCCAAAACCUUAA